AUGUCAAACCCACCUAGAAAGACUAAAGAAGUUAUCAGACGUAAAUUAGUUAUUGUUGGUGAUGGUGCUUGUGGAAAAACAUCAUUGUUAUCCGUGUUCACGUUAGGAUAUUUUCCAAAGGUUCCUACUGUUUUCGAUAAUCUGGUAACUGAUAUCAGAAUAGACAAUAGACCAGUGCAAUUGGCAUUAUGGGAUACAGCAGGUCAAGAAGAAUACGAGCGUCUACGACCUUUAUCGUAUUCAAAAGCGCACGUGAUUCUUAUCGCAUAUGCCGUAAAUCAACCAGAUUCAUUGGAAAAUGUAGCUGCAAAGUGGAUUGAAGAAACAAAUGCUCUGUGUCCAGGCGUACCCGUCAUCCUAGUCGGGUUAAAAAAAGAUUUAAGAGAGGAUCCAAACGCAAUUGAAGAGUUGGAACGCAAAGGGUUAAGUUUCAUUGAUACAAGACAAGGAGAAGAAAUGGCGCAACAAAUCGGCGCAAGAAAAUAUCUCGAGUGUUCAGCACUAACGGGAGAAAAUGUUGAUGCGGUAUUUGAGGCUGCAUCUCGUGCUGCGCUCUUGAUUCGUGAUAAAGAGCCGGGCCCUAAUUGUGGAUGUGUUAUACUAUAA